AUGCACACAUUCUACCAACUUCGCCUCCAGCAACAGCUUUGCAGACUACUCCUGAUCUUUCUGGUGAGUUUCAUCGACUCUAUCAUUAAGCGCGAUCAAGCUUUUGCCUUGAAUCUGGCCUCCCCAUCCGCCCCGUCCCUUGGACUCGCGCCCCAGCCUGCCCCCCGUCUGCGUCUGGCCCAGCGCCUUUGUUCACACAAGCUUUUUCCAACCCGCCCCGUCUGGAGGCUUCGCGACUCUCAUCACAUCCCAUUUGCAACCUUGUGCGAAGCACAUCGAGACUGUUCGCGGCUAAUCACUCUGAAUCGUCUUUCAGAUACCGUACAGAACGCGGCCCUUGCCAAAUCUCGUCGCCGCCGCCGAACCCGCCGCCGCGCCAACCAGGAGCUGAACCAAGAAGCAGGCGCUUACCGCACAGCCUGGAUGGUGAUGAACUUUUGA